AGUUCAAAAAUGUUUUAAAAGGGAAAGUGAAGAAAUAGUGGCAUUGGCGGUCAAUCGCAAGAAAAUAGUAUAUUUAGUGAAUUUUUUUUUUAAUAUUAGGAAAAUAGUGUAAAUAGUGUAAUGAGUCCGAGGGGGGCUAAAUAGAAAAAUGCACACUUUUAAAACUAAUUUAAUUUUUUUUAGUCCCGAUGGCACUCUUUGGCAACCUUCGGUUCAUUCAAUAAUUUGUAGUGUACACUUUGUUGGAAACAAAAAGUCUGAACAUCCUCUCAGUCCAAGUUAUAACCCUACCAUUUUCCUAGAGGUUUAUAAGAAGCGACCUGUCAAUAUGAAAACUGCCGUAGAAAGGCAUCGAAGGCACAACAAUUUGGAGCUGAAAAGGCAAAAAACUUCUGUUGAAGAUGCAGCAUCUCAGGCAUCAUCAACAACGUUGAAGGAAAUAUUAAAUGUGCAUCAGAUUUCCGAACAUGAGACAGAGCAAGAAAAUAACUUUAUGUGCGAAAAAUCGGAGGAAAAAACAGCGGACAAAGGAGUUGAGGCAAACUUUCUAUAAGAAAAAGACAAAGUUCAUGACCAACACAUUUUCAUUUGUAAUCGCUACAUUUACACUAGUCACGGUGAAGCAGAAACUGAAGCAUUUUUUCCAAAAGCUCCUAAAAAAAUUAUAAGCGCGAGAAAAAUUAAAAAGGAUGAAAAAAAUGUAGAAACGGGCCAAGUUUAUGUCAACAGAAGUGCUAGACCUAAUACAGGAGAUGUAAAUGAAAAAGGUUUAUUAAAAUGUUCAGCAGGAUUUCAUGGAGUGUCUUCGAUCAAAUCUGACCAAGAAAUGCUAGCCUUAGCUGGGGUGACAUUCUCCACUUACAAUUUACUAAGAGAUGUUUAUGAAGGAUCGGGUGGAACGAAAAUGUCUAAAAACAACUGAUUGCUAAUUCUUUAUGUAAAAUGAAACAGGGACUCACUUACUCAGCAUUAGGAGUACUCUUUGGAGUUGACAGAAAAACUAUUUCCAAAAUAUUUACUUCUACAUUAGAAUAUUUGCUUAUCAGGUAUCAAGACUUUGUCACUUGGCCCAGUAAAGAAAUUGGACAAAGUACCAUGCCUGAUGAAUUUAAAAAUAUGUACGAAAAUUGUCGUGUUAUAAUUGACUGCACUGAAAUAAAAAUUGAUCAAUCAUCUAGUGUGGAGGGAAAAGUACAGACGUAUUCUCACUACAAAAAAGGAUUUACUGUAAAAGUUUUAAUAGGAUGAAUACCAGCCGGAUUAGUGUCUUUCGUCUUGAAAUGUUACGGUCGUAGAAUCAGUGAUGCUCAGAUUACAAUAUCCAGUGGACUUCUAGAUUUAUUAGAACCAGAUGAUCUCGUAUUGGCAGAUAAAGGAUUUCCUGGAAUUCAAAGCACCAUUGAUGAAAAGGGCGCAGGCGUUGUUCUUGUUAUGCCACCAUUUCUACGAGAUGGAUUGUUUUCCCGAACAAGUAGAAGAAACAUAUCAAGUUGCAAAAUUUCGCAUACAUACACUGAAAAAAAAUUAUUAGCACCAAAUAAAUGCA